AGAGAGAGAGAGAGAGAGAGAGAGACAGAGAGAGGAGAGAGGAGGAACAGACAACAAGGAGGCAGAAUACUACACGUGUCUGUCUGACCGUGUGUGUCGUGUGUUACCAUGACGAGAGCAGCGCUCAUCAAACUCCUCAUCUUCAUCCUCCUCGCCUUCAUCAUCUGUCUCCCAGAGUUCUUCACUUCACACAGAGUGAGGGUAAACUUCCACUGUGUGACCUUUGACCUCUGUGGGGACCAGGAAGUGACAUCACAGUGUGACCCCAGGCUGACCCCCGCGGAACAGAAUUCCGACCGGAGCGGCGAGGAGAAGCCAGUCUGCACCGGUAACACCUGGAGGAACGGGACGGGUUCUGGACUGAGCUGGUUGCUUUGUGACACAGAGACGGACCUGCCCGCUCUCCAUGGCAACGCCUCGCUGUCAGGGAGGAGGGUGGCGCUAUCAGUGUUGUCUGAAGGAGGGAACGUGACUUUGUACGGCUUACUGACAGAGGAGAAGAAAGAGAGGGAGGAAGAGUGGGUGGAGGAAGGACAGGGAUUCAUCUACUGCUGUCUUCAAACCCCGCCCCUUUCCAUACCAACCAAUCACAGCCAGUGUCUCGUUCAUCUCCACACCCAAGGAACCAAUCAGACAGCUGUAAAGUCUGACCUGCCCUGGACACGCCCACCUAGAAGUGAGUGGUUGUGUGUGUUCAGGAUGGUGUGGUUGGUCCUGUUGGUUGUGGUCCUGUUGAUCGUUCUCACCACGGUCCUGGGGCUGAUCCACUGGAGGACAGGCUGCUGCCGGAAGAAGCCCAGGGUGUAUCCAGCCAGUGUGUUCCAGACCAGUGGAUUCAACACUGACCUCCUUCAUGUCUCUGUUUCACUACAUCCCUCAUCAGAGCUGCUGCUCAGUGGAUACGGGACAACAUACUGGACAGGCCUGUUGUCACCCAUUCACGAAGAGAAGACUGCAGAGGAGGAGCCUCAUCAGGGUUACUACGGUAAUGAAACAGCCCUCCACCACCGCGGCCACCCUCUUCCCUCAUCCCUUUCUCCUGAAGAGCUCUAGAUGAACAAAGAAGAAUUAGACAGGAACACCAAGAAAUGUCUUCCUUUUAACGUCUUGACAGUUUUUUUUGUUUUAACAAAUGAAAAUAAAAAAAGGUCAAGUGUA